GAAAAGCUCUUCUUCACUUACAAGAGGGAUUAAUUCAAGGGUGCCCCAGAGGUCCCACUGCAGUGAUAGCCGCGGCUCCCAGACCCAGGGAAAGCCUAGCACAGUCAGGAGAAAAAACAAUUUAGAAACAGCAGCAGAAGCUUGUCAUGCUGGAGGGGGCUGCCAUGAUGAUGAACUCCUGUGGGCAGACACAGAACCCUCUUGGGCAGUGGAUGUGCAAAUCACCCCUGUGCCUCCAUCCUCUGCACAGCCGUGCUCAGCCCUGCGUUCCUCUGGCACUGCCCAGGUCACAGAGACCUCCUCACCUCGCCUGUCCUGGGCACCCUGCCACCAGGCCACCGACUCUGCCGCUGCUGCUGCCAGCCGGGUGCCUGUGGGGCUCCGGUUACAGCCCUAUAAAGGGGGCCAGGGCGCAGGGCCGGGAGCGAGCCGUGCUGGGUGCUGCGCAGCCCCGCAGCCAUGGGGAGCAGUGCCCUCACCCUGGUCCUUGCCCUGGCCCUGGUGGCGUGUGUCACCCCUGCGGAGAGGAAGUGCCUUCUGUCUGGGUCAUGGCGGAGUGACGGUGGCUGCCGGAUGGUUGUAUCCGUCCUCAGCAAGGAUGGCAGCUUCUCUGGUUCCUACUUGCCGGGGCCUGUUGCUGACAACUCCGAAAUCCUCACCUCACCACUGAAGGGGUCCCAGCAGGACACAGGGCAGAUCUCGCAGCCCAUCUUCUCCUUCACUGUGCACUGGCAGCUCCAAGACUCAGAUACAGCACAGACAACCGUCUUCCUGGGCCAGUGCUACGUGGGCACCAACGGGGAGGAGACCCUCCAUGCCCUGUGGCUCCUGCGAGAGGCAGCUGACAACCCUGCCGAGGACUGGAAAGCCACCCGGAUUGGCACCAGCGUUUUCACCCGGAUAAAAUAACAGCAAGCGGAGAAAUCCAGGAGGCUCAGGACGACAAGAAGACUGCGCUUCCACCAGCCAGGCUCUGCCUGCACUGACGUGCUGCAUCUCAGCAGCUCUCAGCCCACAGGUUCAUGCUUUCCCAGGCAAGUUCAGUCUGGCGAGAAGGCUGGGCACCAGGUGCAAAAUAAAGGGUUUCUGUGGGGAUGCAGGGCUUGGCUCUCGUUUCUGUCCUGCCUCAAACCCACAGGCUUCGUUUUGCCCUGCAGCCACCCUCCUGU